AUGUCUUCGGCUGCCGACUCGCUAUUCAAGCCCCCACCAAUCGUCGAAUGCCUUUCUGGACCUCAUUGUCUCGGCAUUGGGAGGAAGAUCCAAGUUUCACAUCGGGUGUGUCCAGACUGUCUCCAACGACACGAUCCGCAACAGCUCCGCGUGUGGGCCAACAACAACUCUAUUGCUAUUCUAUCCAUCAACGAAGAAACUGCGCGUAAACAGGUGUUGAAGAGAAACAUCGAGGCACGUGGUCGUUACCUGUGCGCCUUUGAAGAUCCCGAUUACCAGCAUUGUCGGUGGCGACUGCUUGACUUGAGCCUCCGCGGCACCCGUCUCGACUGCCCGUCUGUUCGCAGAAAAGGUACUGCUUGUUCAAAGUGCUGGAGGAGACGACUACGGAAGAUCAGGGUCCUACAGUACUUUACACCAACUGGGCUCUGCCAUGAGGUAGUCGACAAAGUCGUCACGAGGUCGGCAAGCUCAGAGGAGAGCAGUGAGGAAUCCGACGACGAUGUGGAGGGCUACAACACAAUCCUAACUCCGCCUCCAAGGACCCACUGCCUACUAGGCGCUGCUUGUGAUUCUUGUCCAGAAGGGCAAGAACAAGGUCCAGAGAUAUGCUCAUGGUGUAAGAAUAUGAGCUUUGAGGAGCUAUACAAGCGGUCAGCAACGCUGCCAGAUACGGAAUCAAUAAACCAAGUCAUCGACACAUACAAACGCCAACUCGAACUGGAAACCACCGAGCGCAUCAGAAAAGGCUGGUCAUUCUUGUGUGCCUGUAAAGAUCCAGAAUACCGCUCUCACUCGUGGCGCCGCAAUUUCAACCCAAAGGAUUCGCGUCUGUGCGGUACGGUGCGCCAUCGCGGACAGCUGUGCGUGCGGUGCUACCGCAAAGCAAGGGAGAAAAACUGCACCUGGCUUGAAGAAUUCGACGGUGACCGUCUAGGCUUUCCCUGCGCAUUCGACGAUACGAGGUUGCGACGCCGCAUCGAUGCCAACUGGAAGAUUGGCCCGCUAGAUAAACACGGACAGCCCGAUCCGAGUUGGGAGCGAGAUCCCAGACGAGAUGGCCGCUGUGAGAGAACGAGGUUGCGCAACCAACUUUGCCAGAAAUGCUUCAACCGCAUGUGCGAGAUUCGAGGUUUUGGCCGGUUUUUUGACUCCGAGUGGGGGACGUUGCAUAGGAGGUAUGGAGUGCGGUAG